CUUCAAAAAUGUAAAAAGGUAUGCCGAACGGUCAUCGUAGAGUUGGACGCGCUGGCCAACAAGCAACGUACUAGCAAAGUCACCUGCUCCUUCCCCGACAACGCAUCGCCGCCGCCAUCGCACUUUCCCUUCUCCUCCUUCGCAUCUGCCGUCAAAUUCCAUCGACCAGAAUCAUCUCCAUAGACAAUCUUCUAGACUCUACAUCUACAGCUCCGAAGACGGGGCUCCCUCGACCCCUGAAUGAGACCCAUCAUGGACCUCUCUAAGCCAGCCGACCCCGCUUUUACCAAAGCCCUCCCCAAGAUCGAGCUCCACGCCCACCUCAGUGGCAGCAUCAGCCGGCAAUGUCUGCAUGAAAUAUGGGUAAAGAAGAAAGCCCAGGAUCCGACUUUCAGCGUCGAGGAUCCAUUUGUAUCCAUGCCCCCAGGGAAAGUGGACUACUCUCUGCAGACCUUUUUCCAAUCCUUCAACAAAUCGAUCUACCAUCUAGUCAACGACCUCCCCAGCCUCACCCAUGCCACACUCUCUGUGCUUACCGACUUUCAAAAUGACGGCGUCACCUACCUCGAACUCCGAACCAUCCCCCGCGCCUCCCCAUCCUGCAUCUUCACGAGGGAAGAGUACCUCACCACGGUCCUCGACACCAUCUCGCACUUCCAAUCCACCCAAUCGUCCCCCCAAAAAAUGACCAUAAACUUAAUCCUAGCCCUAGACCGCGGCCACAGCACCCAAGCCUCAGCCCUAGAAAUCGUAGACCUGGCAAUCGCCUACCGCGCACGCGGCAUCGUAGGAAUCGACGUUUGCGGGAAUCCAACAAAAGGCGACGUCUCCAUCCUCCGGACCGCGUUCGCAAAAGCCAAGGCAAAUAGACUAGGUGUGACGGUUCACUUCGCAGAGAUGGCAGAGGUAGCGACACCCGGGGAGUUAGAGACGUUGUUGGAGUUUGAGCCGGACCGGUUGGGACAUGUCAUUCAUGUCCCGGAGGAGCUGAAGGGGGAGAUUGCGAGGAGAAGGUUGGGAUUGGAACUGUGCAUGUCGUGCAAUGUGCAUGCGAAGAUGUUUGAUGGUGGGUUUCUGGAUCAUCACUUUGGGUAUUGGAGGUUUCAGGAGUGUCCGGUUGUGCUUUGUACCGAUGACGUGGGUUUCUUUUGCAGCCCCGUGUCGAACGAAUAUCUGUUGGCUGCAGAGCACUUCCAGCUCAGCCGGGCCGAUGUGCUGAGCAUCUGCAGGAAAUCCUACGAGGUGAUAUUUGGGGGCGAAGCAGAGAAGGAACGUUUGCGACGGCUGCUAGAUGCCUUUGAGACCAAGUAUGGCCAGUGAUCGCUGGAGAUAAAUCAUGAUCAUUGCUUUUCGGGACAGAAACCUUUCUAAUAAAGAACACAAGAAAAUAUACAAGCGAGUUAUCGCCUUCU